AGAAACGUGUCAGUUUCAAUAGUAGUGUCAAAGUUCACUAUAUACAGACAUUCGCGCAGAUCCCCGUUUCGGAAACAUUGCUCUGCUGGUCUUCCCGUUUAAACGCAUUCAUUUUGAGUCUCUCCUCCUUGCAUAUUCUAUUAGUUGUUUUUUUUUUCCUUUUUAUCUAUUCUCUCUCGCUCCAUUUUUGCUGGAGAGGUGAAACUACAGGGGCACUUCGGCGACGUUUUUUUCUUCAUCCCGAUGAGUUUUAUUUAAAAUAUAGAUAUAAAAUUCUGCUCUUCAGUUUUUGCACUCUUCCACUCGCGUGGACAGGAGUAAGGAGGAAGGAAGAAAAAAGAAGGGGAUUUAUUUCACGCCAGACUUUGGAUCGCGCAUUAUAUAUUUUUAUACAUUAUUAUUCCGGUGAAUUUCUUCUGCCUUAUAACUGGUUAUUUUGAAUAAAACUGUAAGCUGUUAUCCUGCGUUCGCUGUUUUUCGAGAUUGGGUUCCUGAAUGGCUGACUGCAAUUUACCUUGGAACUGGCCUCCCGAUACUUACAAAUCCUGAUCGGGUACAUUUUCUAUCGAUACUGCUGUUUUGAAUGUAUUGAUCUUCCUCUGCGCCUACUUUAUCCUAUGUGACCGCCUGCUGAGAUUUGACGUUAAACAGACGAGUGUCUGAAAUAAUCUUUUUUACUCUUUAAACAUCACAGCGAUCUGUUCGCUUUAUAGCACUUUCCGGGCCCGAGAUAUGGCAAUGGUAGUUAGCGUUUGGCGAGAUCCGCAGGAAGACGUGGCCGGAGGAACUCCGAGCGGCCCGAAUCCAGCAGCUCAGCCGGCAAGGGAUCAACAGCAGGCGGCGUCGGCAGCACCACACACUCCGCAGACCCCCAGCCAGCCUGGACCUCCGUCAACGCCAGGGACUGCGGGCGACAAGGGACAGAAUCAGAAUUCUGCACAAAAUCAACAGCAUAUUGAAUGUGUGGUUUGCGGAGACAAAUCCAGCGGCAAGCACUACGGUCAGUUCACCUGCGAGGGAUGCAAAAGUUUCUUCAAGAGGAGUGUCCGAAGGAACUUAACGUAUACAUGUCGUGCCAACAGGAACUGUCCCAUCGAUCAGCACCAUCGUAAUCAGUGCCAGUACUGCCGACUGAAGAAGUGUUUAAAAGUGGGCAUGCGGCGGGAAGCGGUUCAGCGAGGAAGAAUGCCUCCAACCCAACCGAACCCAGGCCAGUACGCUCUGACGAAUGGAGACCCUCUGAACGGCCAUUGCUAUCUGUCCGGAUACAUCUCGUUAUUGCUUCGGGCAGAGCCCUACCCAACUUCACGAUACGGCAGCCAGUGCAUGCAGCCCAACAAUAUCAUGGGUAUCGAGAACAUCUGCGAACUGGCAGCUCGCUUGCUCUUCAGCGCUGUGGAAUGGGCCAGGAACAUCCCUUUCUUCCCCGAUUUGCAAAUUACAGACCAGGUGUCUCUUCUCAGGCUGACGUGGAGCGAGUUGUUUGUGCUUAACGCGGCUCAGUGCUCCAUGCCCUUGCAUGUGGCCCCUCUACUCGCCGCUGCUGGCCUCCACGCCUCCCCGAUGUCUGCGGACCGGGUCGUGGCUUUCAUGGAUCACAUUCGUAUCUUUCAGGAGCAAGUUGAGAAGCUCAAGGCCCUUCACGUCGAUUCAGCAGAGUACAGCUGUAUGAAGGCAAUAGUCCUUUUCACAUCAGACGCUUGUGGCCUGUCAGACGCGGCUCACAUCGAAAGCCUGCAGGAGAAGUCGCAGUGCGCCCUAGAGGAAUACGUGCGAAGCCAGUACCCUAACCAGCCCAGCCGCUUUGGCAAGCUUUUACUGCGGCUGCCUUCUCUACGCACCGUCUCUUCAUCUGUAAUUGAGCAGCUGUUCUUCGUCCGUUUGGUAGGUAAAACUCCUAUUGAAACCCUCAUCAGGGAUAUGUUGUUAUCCGGGAGCAGCUUCAACUGGCCUUAUAUGUCCAUCCAAUGAUCCAAAUAAAAAAGUGAAAAGAGAAAGGACCUGAAUGCAGCAAGCUGAACAAGAAGACUAUAUAUAGGACACAAUUGCAGAAUACCGUAGAAGACAGGACGUUUUGUGGACUGAAAUGGAAUACAUUAUGUACAGAAAAUAAGGAACUGGACUUACGCCUGUGUAAAUCCAUUCUCGUCUACAAGAACACUACUCUUUGUAAAUUACUAGUCUUUAUUUUCCAUUUUGUAAAAAAAAAAAUAAAAGAAAAUAAAAAAUAAAAUGAAAAACAUCGUAUGCGCAGUAAAAAGAAUCAAGACUUAGCAGGAAAAUAAUGUUUCCAAGCAAUUAUAAAAUGUCCUGUGUCUAUGUAUCUCUCUGUUUUGUAUUUUUCUGGUUCUAAACCAGGUUUCUGUGAUUCUAUACUAAUAAUUUUUAUAUAACCUUUUGCUUCUUACAAUGAGUGCGAUAUGUUGUCCAAGCUAUGUUCUCCAAGAAUUAAAAUUGAAGUGAGAAAUUAAAGCAAAAAAAAAUAAAUAAAGGAAUUUAGGCAAAUAAGAAACUGUCUAAUCGCUAUGACAAUACUACCACUGAUGGUUGAACUUUUUCAAGAUCCUACGGACCCGGAGUUCUGCAACAAACUCAAUGGACAUUUUAAAGGAAAGAUCACACGUGAAACUUUUCUUCAUCGCGACCGUGUGGAUUCGAUCAUCUGUCAAAAAGAAAAGACAAAAGAAAACAAAGCACUUUUAAUAUAUCAUUUCAAAUACAUUUUGUUUGUUUCGUCUUGAAAUUUUCAUUGUUUCUUGAAUCUUAUUGAUUGUUGCCUCGAUUUGCUUAUUCCAUGAUGCAGCUUUCGCGGACGGAUCGCUUGGUAAGAGUUGUGUGAUGGUGACUGUACUAUUAAAAGAUGUAGGCAACAAUGA